CUUCUUCCUCAUUGUACUUUCUCUCUCAUAAGAGUCUCUCUCUCUCUCACCUACACCACACCUAACCAAAAACCUCCCAUUUACACAGAGAGAGAGAGAGAUCUUCACCAUGUCGUCCUCUUCUUAUUCUCCAUUCGAUCUCAUGUCCGCCAUCAUCAAAGGAGAGCCCGUCGUGGUCUCCGACCCGGCCAACGCCUCCGCCUACGAGUCCGUCGCCGCCGAAUUGAGCUCCAUGCUAAUCGAGAAUCGCCAAUUCGCCAUGAUUAUCUCCACCUCCAUUGCUGUCCUCAUCGGCUGCAUCGUCAUGCUCCUCUGGCGGAGAUCCGGCGGCUCCCCCAAACGCGUCGAGACGCUUAAGCCGCUGGUGAUCAAGCCGCCAAGUGAGGACGAGGUCGACGAUGGGAGGAAGAAAGUCACGAUCUUUUUCGGUACACAGACCGGAACUGCUGAAGGGUUCGCUAAGGCUUUAGGAGAAGAAGCUAGAGCCAGAUACGAGAAGACCAGAUUCAAGAUCGUUGAUUUGGAUGAUUACGCGGCUGAUGAUGAUGAGUAUGAGGAGAAGUUGAAGAAGGAGGAUGUUGCUUUCUUCUUCUUAGCCACAUAUGGAGACGGCGAGCCUACGGACAAUGCAGCGAGAUUCUACAAAUGGUUCACCGAGGGAGAUGACAGAGGAGAGUGGCUUACGAACUUGAAGUACGGAGUGUUUGGAUUAGGAAACAGACAAUAUGAACAUUUUAAUAAGGUUGCCAAAGUUGUAGAUGACAUCCUUGUAGAACAAGGUGCACAUCGUCUUGUACAUGUUGGUCUUGGAGAUGAUGACCAGUGUAUUGAAGAUGACUUUACCGCUUGGAGAGAAGCAUUGUGGCCAGAGUUAGAUACAAUACUGAGGGAAGAAGGUGACACAGCUGUUACACCAUACACUGCAGCUGUGUUAGAAUACAGAGUUUCUAUCCACAAAUCCGAAGACGCGUUGAAUGAGAAAAACUUGGCCAAUGGGAAUGGUCAUGCUGUGUUUGAUGCUCAGCAUCCUUACAGGGCAAAUGUUGCUGUGAGAAAGGAGCUUCAUACUCCGGAGUCUGACCGUUCCUGCACACAUCUUGAGUUCGAUAUUGCCGGAAGUGGACUAACGUACGAAACUGGAGAUCAUGUUGGUGUACUGAGUGAUAAUCUAAAUGAAACCGUAGAGGAAGCGCUUAGGUUGCUGGAUAUGUCACCUGACACUUACUUCUCCCUUCACUCUGAUAAAGAAGAUGGAACACCAAUCAGCAGCUCGCUUCCUCCUACAUUCCCACCUUGCAGCUUGAGAACAGCGCUUACAAGAUAUGCUUGUCUAUUGAGUUCUCCUAAGAAGUCUGCUUUACUUGCUUUGGCUGCUCAUGCAUCUGAUCCUACCGAAGCAGAGCGAUUGAAACACCUUGCUUCACCCGCUGGAAAGGAUGAGUAUUCAAAGUGGGUAGUAGAGAGUCAAAGAAGUCUACUCGAGGUGAUGGCAGAGUUUCCUUCAGCCAAGCCGCCACUUGGUGUCUUCUUUGCUGCUGUCGCUCCUAGGUUGCAGCCUAGGUUCUACUCAAUAUCAUCAUCUCCCAAGAUUGCUGAAACUAGAAUCCAUGUCACAUGUGCACUGGUCUACGAGAAGAUGCCAACAGGAAGGAUACACAAGGGAGUGUGUUCGACUUGGAUGAAGAGUGCUGUGCCUUACGAGAAGAGUGAAAACUGUUGCUCAGCACCGAUAUUCGUUAGGCAAUCCAACUUCAAGCUUCCUUCUGAUUCUAAAGUACCGAUUAUAAUGAUCGGUCCAGGGACAGGAUUGGCUCCUUUCAGAGGUUUCCUUCAGGAAAGGCUUGCGUUGGUAGAAUCUGGUGUUGAACUUGGACCAUCAGUUUUGUUCUUUGGAUGCAGAAACCGCAGAAUGGACUUCAUCUACGAGGAAGAGCUCCAGAGGUUUCUAGAGAGUGGUGCACUCUCAGAGCUAAGCGUGGCCUUCUCUCGUGAAGGACCAACCAAAGAGUAUGUACAGCACAAGAUGAUGGACAAGGCUUCUGAUAUAUGGAACAUGAUCUCUGAAGGCGCUUAUGUAUAUGUUUGUGGUGACGCCAAAGGCAUGGCAAGAGACGUUCACAGAUCUCUCCACACAAUAGCUCAAGAACAGGGAUCAAUGGAUUCGACGAAAGCAGAGAGCUUUGUGAAGAAUCUGCAAAUGAGUGGAAGGUAUCUAAGAGAUGUAUGGUAACGAAGCUGUUGAAGCCCCCACACACACUCACUGUGUACUUUAUUAUAAUUAUAUGUAUACGGCACAGAAAUGCCACAUUAUGAUGAUCAUGAAGUUUGUGAUCCUUAGAGGAAAUGAAUGAACCUCCUUUUUCCAAUUCGUAAUUUAGUUUUUAUAUUUGUUUUCAUUUACUUUUGAUGAUUUUAUUUUUUGAACUCUUUGUUAUAUAGCCACCAGAUAAAAUAAUGAAAAAAAUUGCAUAAGA